ACAGUCCUUAUUUAUUCUUUCGGGCGACGAUCGACAUUGCCAGAUUCGCGGCUGCUUCCUUAAUCCACCUGGCUGUCAUCGCCCACGUUCCUGGGCCGCAAACCAUUGCCCGGAGGAUUCCAGGCGUCCACAGUGACAAUCAACACAGCGAAGCCACCCUGAACGCCACGACUGCUGCUCGAAUCUCGCACCAGGCGGACAUGCCCUGUGAACCUGAGGCAGCGCCGUAAAACAUAACAGCCGUGCCUGACGGUUGAAAAAACAUAAGUUAUGGAGUUCCCGCCAUUCGCGAAACGCGAGUCACCAAUCAUGCACCGUGCCCCAUUGUCGCACCAUCCAGUACGGAAGAGGAAGCACGAGAAUAGAUUGCGCCGCGGCACGUUCUCCUUAUAUACAAGCAGGUCAUCGCCGUCCGUGUUGCUCUCAGUGCUCGUCGUAUUACUGUCCUGGAGUUCCCUGCUCGGCGCCGUCUCCGCUACAGAACCACAUGGUGAUCGACUUGCUGUCGUUGACGACCUGUGGAAAGGAUCGUCAUUGUAUCUUGAUACCCGGCCGCCUCCGAUAAUUCCGCUGUUGAUGCCUCCAACACUUACCAACGAGGAUGCCACGACGACGCUAUCCGCACCCCCAUCGAAACGGUCCCUCGCAACGGCUUCGAGCAGCUCUGCCCCGGACUUCCAAGUGCCCAAGCCUUUUGACACGGGCCUCUCGAAUAAUUUUACGAACUCUUGUGCGACUUACAUGAGCAAGCUGGUUACAAGCGAAGCUCUUAACAAAUGUCACCCAUUCUCAUUGCUGCUGCAGACAUCAAGUAGCUUCUUUGAUGCUUCCAAGUCCUUCUUCCGCAUCACUCAGACUCUUGAGGCAACAUGCGCUGUCAAUGAGACUCAGUGUACAUCAAUACUAAAUGGCUUUGCGAGAGAGCUACUGGCCGAAACAGCAUGUCAAACCGACUACAACAACGACAAUCCUAUCGUGCUUCAAGCCUACAAUGGGCUCGUGGCAUAUAAACCGUCGUACCAAGCGAGCUGUUUGCGUGACGAUGACGGGAAUUACUGUUUCGCCAACGCAGUGAGCAACUCAUCCUCGCCUACCGAUAGUUACGCAUUCUAUCUACCUAUCGGCCAGGAACUUCCAGGAGGAUCCCGGCCCACCUGCAACUCGUGUCUGCAAGAUUCCAUGGCGAUCUUCGCAAACUUCGCCAACAACGCCACGCAACCGCUCAGCAAAACCUACACCUCAGCUGCUCAACAGCUCUCCAUUUCCUGUGGGUCGAGAUUCGUCAACAUCACUGCUGCCCCACUGAAGGGAGCUGCCGCUCCAUCUUCGAGUGCGUCUCUCACACCAACACUCGCCUUAAUUUUAAUGUUUGUUCUUUGCAUUUUUCAGUGAAGGAGGCAUGCCUGCCUCUGUUUC